UUAAAAUUUUCAAUAUAUAAAAGCAAAAGCAAAAAAAAAAAAAAAAAAAAAAAACUAAAACUAGGGUUUAUCCGUUCUCAGUCGUUAGCACCCCUCAUUUCACUCCGGCUUUCCGUUCGACGCUAAGAUGAAUGUGGAAAAGCUACAAAAAAUGGCAGGUGCUGUUCGCACAGGUGGGAAGGGUAGCGUGAGAAGAAAGAAGAAGGCUGUUCAUAAAACAACCACGACAGACGACAAAAGGCUGCAAAGCACGUUGAAGAGGAUAGGAGUAAAUGCAAUACCAGGAAUCGAGGAAGUUAACAUUUUUAAGGACGAAACUGUCAUCCAGUUCUCGAAUCCCAAAGUUCAAGCCUCUAUUGGUGCCAACACUUGGGUCGUUAGCGGCUCUCCACAAACAAAGAAAUUACAAGAUAUUCUCCCAGGCAUUCUCAACCAGCUUGGAGCCGAUAACUUGGAUAACUUGAGAAAGUUAGCCGAGCAAUUCCAGAAGCAGACGCCAGGUGAAGGCCCUACAGCCACAACAGCGCAAGAGGACGAUGAUGAAGUACCGGAACUCGUGGCGGGUGAGACAUUUGAAGCCGCUGCAGAGGAAGGACAAAAGUCUUAGGAUAAGCAUGUCGAAUGUGAGCCCAUUGUGGUUCGUUUUGCAUAACAGAUAUUUUAAGUUAUUAUUUUUUAUUUACCUGCAACUUGUAGGAUUGUUGUUUUACGGGUCAUGUUUUGUUGUAUAUUUUUUUAUGUAUGACAAAUAACUCUGAGACACUGUCUUAUGAGGAUUUGAAUUGCAGCCAACCACCAAAUUAUUACUAUUA